AUGUUGGAAGGGCUUCCAACAAAGGGUGAUUGGGCAGCGGACGAAAUUAGGAAAGCUUUCGAGAUGAUAUCAGAGAUAGGUGAUAUACCCCAGACAUCUGAGAAAUGGACUUACAUGUCACCAGCAAAAACCCUAGAAAUGAAAAAAUUUCGUGCAAAUCAGAUAAGAAAUUUUGUUGAAAGCACCCUUAUAAAGGGUCCUAUUGGAUUGGCACUAGAAUUUCGGCAAAUGAAACGAUCCAAUGACUUUUCAAAAAUGAAGGAGUUUUUGAAAUUCAACAAAAUUGGGAAGAAUCGCUAUAAAGAUGUUGGCUGUCUCGACAGUAAUCGAGUUGAACUUUCAUUUGGUCCCUGCACUUACAUUCAUGCGAAUUACGUGUCAACGCCAAGUAACCCAAAAAAAUUUAUCUGCACUCAGGCACCUUUGAAAGGGACUUGCUCAGAAUUCUGGUGCAUGGUUGUUCAGGAACAAGCUGAAAUAAUACUCAUGCUAUGUAACUUUGUAGAACAGGUACAUAUAACUUAGUG